GACCCUGGGAUUGGAAGGCAAGCAUCAUAGUCACCAACUAUUCAACUCCACUCCUAAAAUAGUUAUGCCUAAGAAGCCUUAAAAUGUGCAACGAUUAUGGUUCUUAUUUUAGUGAGCGGAAUUCCACUAUAAGUGAUGCAAUAUUCUGGUGGGUCCGGAAGUAUCUCCGGAAUACUAUGCUUGAAUUUCUUAACGAUAACGACGCCCGCAUCAUCGACGGAAGUGAAGAGGGUGUUUCCGGAUGGAUUAUGCUGAACUAUGUCAUGGAAACUCUAGAAGAGAGCCCAAAAUCACUUGCUCGUUACGUCCGUUCUUUAUACACUACUGUUGAACCAAAAACUAUAGGAGCCCUUGAUCUAGGGGGCGCUUCUAUGCAGAUAUCGUUUAUACCUUCCCAAGCAGAAGACAUUGCUCAUGAGGAUAGUGUGAAGAAACUUCGCUUAUAUGGAGUGAAUUAUAACGUUUACAGUCAUAGUUACUUGUGCUAUGGCGAUGUUGAGGCUAAAAGAAUGUAUAUAGCUCAACUUAUUGAGGAUGCUAACUUCACAGAAAUAAUUUUUAACCCAUGUGGUAACGAGGGGUUCAACGAGACAGUAACACAGGAAGAUGUAUGGUCACCUCCGUGCACGAAUCGGCCUAUGGACGUCGCUAUUCCGCUAAAUUUUACUUUUAAAUUGGUUGGCAAAGGAAACGGAGAUGAAUGCCGACGAAAAGCCCUCAACCUCAUCACAGGCGACUCUAUCCCAUGCACCCACCAGUCGUGCGGAUUAAAUGGUGUGUUUCAACCACCAGUCUAUGGAGAGUUUAUGGCUUUCAGUAGUUUCUACUACACAACAACUGGUAUAGGUUUGGGGGAGACUGCCAGCAUGAGUGAACUCAACCAGGGUGCACUUGAUUACUGCCAGAGAUCUUGGGAAGAUGUCAAAAACACUAAUAAAGAAGAAUACGUUAAAACGUAUUGCUUUAAUGCCAACUAUAUCUAUGCAGUACUCGUUAAUGGAUACAAGUUCACUGAGGAUUCUUGGAAUAUCAGAUUUGUACGAAAAGUAAAUGGUUUAAGUGUAUCCUGGGCCCUAGGCUACAUGUUAAAUGCAACGAACAUGAUCCCAGCCGAGGCGCCGGAAACUGACACUCUGGUCCCUUCACCGGCUUUCAUCGUCGUAGCUGUACUAUUUGCUGUAACUGCCGUUAUAGGACUAUGCUUGAUAAUUUACCAUCUCCGGAAGCGAGGAUAAAAUUCAAACUGGUUGUAAAUGAUGAGCCACGGGCUUUAAAGAAAAGAAAAAAACGUACUUCUUUAAAAAAUGGUGAACGUGACUUGAAUAACCUUCCUCUUCAGAAAAAAAUGAUUAUAAUUUCUGCUUGUUCAUCCUCUAAUCUAUUGGCGAGUGUGUUUGCUUUUAGAUGUACGUUAAAGAGGGAAAACGCAAAAACAAAAUAUGCAGAGAAAAACGGAUGAAACGUCACGCAAAUGCCGUUGUUGAGGGGCGUUAAAUGAAGUUUCUUCUUUGUGUGUGUGUGAUCUACAUAUUGUCUGUAAAUAACAUUACAGUACUUUCUUUCAAUCAUUUUGGCAAUACUAAUACCGAGAAUCGAGAAUAACCGUUAUCAUAGGCCUAUUUAACAAUAUUUAAUUUGAUGAAGGAUGAGGCAUUAUCCAUUACACACAAUUUUAUAUAACGCAUGAAAUUCUGAUUUUCUUUAUUAAAAAUAGAAAUAUUUUGAUGUCUGUAGAGAAAGUGAAAUCGACUAAAAAAAACGUAGGUAGUAUUUGUGGCUGUGUCGUGUAUUAUUAUUGAAGUAGCAACACCUCACUUACUUUUUUUAUUGCCUGAUUUAAGUGACAUUUUUUAUUAGUUAACGUCAUGAUUAAUUCAUAGUCAAUCUCAUUCCUCGUUCUAUGCCUGUGAGUGAGGUCAAUAAACGUGUUUAUAAUGUGCUUUCAAUGCACAGUUGCACUAAGCGUAUAGGACUACUCAAUGAAUAUUAUUUUAAAAUUGUACAGUUUGUAAUAAUGAGUUUUCAUAAUAAGAAUAUUAAAUAAACGAAUAAUUACUAUCAAUAAACAUGACAUAUUGUAUAUAGCAUGCAUUAGUAUAGCAACUGUCAACUAUAGGCCUAGGGUUUAUCAUAAUUAAUUCAUUGUAUUGUAAAAACCAUUGUUGAUGGCAAAAUAUGUAAUCUGAACUUGUAAAGUAAGGGAACAUGUUUUUUUUUUUAUGUACAAGUUUUACGUAUUGAUUAAGUUUCAUAGUACUAAGUGUAGGCCUAUCCAGUAACAUAUUUGUUUAAAUUGUACAGUUUGUACUUGUAAUACUAAUAUACGUUUCCAUAUAAAUAUUAAUAAAUGAAUAGUUACUACACAUAGAAA